AUGACAGAUGAUUAUGACACAAUACUCCUGACGUUAACGACAAUGAUGGGUAGAGUGGCAUAUGACAUAGGGAAUAGACCGUGGGAGUUCUGUGAUUAUGUUUCCUGGCGCCCUAAGAUUCCAGCGCCUCGCCUUCGGAGGGACGCGAACACCUUGAGACGCCUUCCUUCGCCUGAGCCGCGGAGGAGGAGGCAGUCUGGGGCCAAAAGGAGAGCGGAGAGGACGCUGUUUCCCGACGCGCUCGAUUCCAAAGGGAUGAUGUUUGUUAUCAAGGACAGCACAUUUAGGAUCUUAAGGCAGGUCGCUUUUGCCCUGAUAGUCGCCGCGUCUCGUCUUGAAGUGGGCCUAGUGAUCGGAUGGUCUGCAGUGUUGCCAAAGCUCAGGGCGGACAAUGCGACGAGUUUUACGGUCACCGAUCAGGAUGUUACUUGGCUUGUCUCCCUGCCCGGCAUCUCCGGCGUGGCCAUGACCCUGGCCAUCGGUCCUCUCAUCGAGUUCACGGGCCCGACGCGUCUCCUGCGGGCACUGCUGUUCCUCGCGGGGGUCCUGUGGCUCCUGCAGGCUUUCACGCCCUACCUGUCGCUGCUGUACCUCGGCCGCCUCGGCUCCUGCCUCGCCUUCAACGUGGUGGGGCCCUUGGCUCCGGCCCUCAUCUCGGAGCUGGUCGAGCCCUCCGUCAGGGGCUCCCUCGUCGCCGUCGUGGAGGCCGUGGUGGCCCUCGGGCAGCUCGCCGUCUACUGCCUGGCCGACGCCCUGCCCUGGCGCCUCACCACGGCCGUCUGCGGCGCGCCCUUCUUCGUCGUCUUCGUCCUCGCCUUCUGGGUGCCUGAGUCCCCCUACUGGCUCCUCCGCCAAGACCGGCCCGAAGACGCGGCGAAGGCCCUGUCCCGCCUUCGGGGCUCCGUCAAGGACACAAGCGUGGAGCUCGACGAAAUCGCCGUCGGGGUCAAGGAGCGCCCUCAGUCUACGCUCAAGGAUCAGGUGAAACAGCUGACCGUCCCCCAGAACUUCCGGCCCGUGCUGUUCCUGGCGUCCGUGUUCGUCCUGCGGGAGCUCGGCGGCCAGUACGUCGUCUUCUCCUACACGGUGUACCUGUUCCGUGAGGCGGGCGUGUCCAUGGACGCCUACACGUGCACCAUCCUCGUGGGCGCCGUCCGCCUCGCCUGCACCGUGCUGGGGUCCCUCCUGCUGGACCGGGUGGGGCGCCGGCCAAUGCUCCUCGCGACGGGCGUGGUCUGCGGGCUGGCCGAGCUGGUGGGCGGGGCCUUCCUGCUGGGCCAGUUCCCGGGGGCGUCCUGGGUUCCCCUGGCGGCCGUGCUGGUGUUCGUGUCGUCCUACGGCCUCGGGAUGAGUCCCAUCCCCUGGGUGCUUCUGGGCGAGCUCCUGCCGCCGGCCGUGCGUUCCGUCGGCACCUCCAUCUGCGUCUUCAACUUCGCCCUCUCCAUCUUCGUCGUGAGCUACACCUUCCCGCCGCUGGUCGAGCACGCCGGCGUCGGCACGGCGCUCAUCGCCUUCGCCGGCUUCCACGCCGUCCUCAGCGUCGUCACGUGGGCCUUCCUGCCGGAGACGCGAGGGAAGUCGCUCAGCGACCUCAAAGACGCCUUCACGUCCGCGCCCAAGGAGGCCGACGACGCCGCGGCCGGGGAGGGCAAGGGAACCGAAAAUACCAAGGAUACGAAUGUAUAAAUCAUAUUAACACUUAUUACCUCUCUGUCGAUCUGUCUAUCCGUCCAUCUAUUCAUCUCAGUGUGUGUGUUUGUGUGCGUUCAUGUGUGUAUCUAUAUACAUACAAAGAGAGAGGCGUGUGUGCGUGUUUCACCCCAUCCACCGCAGGACACAAACAGCUCCGUUUCCCCAACAGGUAUUUCUCGGGGCUGCCUGAUUCCGUCCCAUUCUGCAGAAUUACUUUCCUCUAAUCUGACCCUUCUGAGCAACUAAUGCAACUCAAUAGUUUGUGUCAAACCCACUUCCGUCCCUUCUCUUUAACUGUGAUGGAUUUACAACUAGUUUCAUCUCGUAACUUUAUGAUAAAUAUCUCUAUAUCAUUCUUUCAUAUUCAGGUUUUCUGGCACUUAGACGCUGGACUUACUUCGCCUAAGUUCCAUUGAAUCAUUUUACUCUAACUUAGCUUACCUGCUCUUUUAACAUAACCUAACGUAAAUUAUCCUUUUCUAGCCUAGUCUAGCCUAAUCCCUCGCAUCGGAAUUAACUAUCCUACCCUAUCCUGGCGUAGUUUUACCUAACCUCAACAACUUAACCUAACUUACCCUACCCUAUCUUACCUUAGUCUAACUCAUCCUAUCCUAACCGAACUUAAUCUGACCUAACUUAUCUUAGCAUAAUCCAACCAAACCGAAAUGAUCCUAACUUAACCUACCCUAAUAGCCUAACUUAAAAAAAGAUUAUUCCACUAUAAUCUAUAAUCUAUAACUCCCAAUUUCUCGUAUGUCUUUCAUUAAUUUAUCUAAAUCUGUACAUGGAUUAACCUCUCUACUAUAGGAAUUAUUCUGUUUUCAAAGGACAGUUCAUAUCUCCCGUUUAUUUCUUUACAAAUUAUAUUACAUUACAUAAUUUACUGACGUUGUACCUGUAAAGUAUUAAUACACACUUAUAAUUAUUAUUACAAAUUAUAAGGCUUAAUUUGCAUACUGUUUGAAUGCAUCUUGUUUACUGAGAUAGAUCUGUGAUGUUUAUUUUUAAUUAUUCCUUUUUAUCAUAUUUCUUCAUUUCUUUUUCUCUCUUUCUAUAAUAAUUUCUGGUAUUAAUAUUGAUAAUGAUGAUAAUCGGUUAAUAAUGAUAAUAAUUUAUAUGAUAAUAAUGAAAUAAUUAUUUGUUCCCUUAUUCGGUUGAACGAAAAGGAUGAAGUAGGAAUGAGAAUAAGAAGAGAAGGAGAAACGAGGAUAAAUAGAUAAAUAAGAUAAAAAAGAUAAAUAACUGAAUAAAUAUUUAGAUAAGAAAAUGGAUAAAUAAAGGAAUAUAUAGACGUAGAUUAAAAGGUAAAUAGGUACAAAGGAGAAAAACAAAAAAACAAGAAAAUGAAAUAGAAAAUAAGUUAGGAAAAAAUUAGGAAAAAUAUCAUGUAUACGUAUUUAUGUGAAUAUUAUCAUCAUUCUUGUUAUUAUAAUCAUUUAUAAAAGAUGUUUAAAAAAUGUGUUGUUAUUCAUUUAACCGGCCUUAAAAUUCCCUAAUGUUUCAUUACUAUUUGAAUAUGAGAGGAUGCUAGUA